UCUUUUUUUUUUUAGGGCCGCAUCUGCACCAUAUGAAGGUUCCCAGGCUAGGGGUCCAAUCGGAGCUACAACUGCCGGCCUGCGCCACAGCCACGGCAACAUGGGAUCCCAGCCGCAUCUUCCUGGGCCAGGGAUCCAGCCUGUGCCACAGUAGUGACAAGGCCAGGUCCUUAACCUACUGAGCUGCCAGGGAACUCCUCUCCCAGGGUAAUUUGCAUUCAAAAAAGAACAUGCCCACAGAAGAUAAUCCAGACCCCAAAAGAACAAAUCUCAGUCCAUUAAUUUCACAGGGAAGAGGGCCAUGAGACAGUGAAGGCAAAGCCUGGGUGGUGCAUGCGCAGGACCAGGAACACCAAAGUUUGCCAGCCAACCGCCAGAAGCCGGGAGAGAAGCCUGGAACAGACGCUCCCUCACAGUCCUCAAAAGGAACCUACCCCGCCGACAUCUUAUUCCUGGAUUUCUUGAGAACAGUGAAAUGGUAAAUGUCUUUUUUUCUUUUUAUGGCUGCACCUGUAUCAUAUGGAAGUUCCCAGGCUAGGGAUCGGAUUGGAGCUGCAGCCACUGGCCUACACCACAGCCACGGCAACUCAGGAUCUGAGCCGUGCACCUACACUGCAGCUCGCAGCAACACUGGCUCCUUAACUCACUGAGCGAGGCCAGGGAUGGAAUCCGAAUCCUCUCGGAUAGUGGUCGGGUUCUUAACCUGCUGAGCCACAACGGGAACUCCCGACAUGCCACCCAGAGGUACCUUGUUACCAUGACAAAUGCCUCAGCAGGCCUGCAGGUGGGGGUGUGUGGGAGGCAGAAACCAGAGGCCCAGAAGAGACCUUGGUUCCCAGAUGCCCCAAGGACACCCAUGAGAACAAAGAGGCCACUCAAGAGAUAGGGCUAGGUUAACCCCAUCACACCCAGAGCUGAAUCACCAGAAACAGAAACUCUCCCUCCCUGCAGGGAGCCAAGAAUCCUGUGGGACCAGGCUGUUCUGGAUGCCCCUGUGAAGCAUGCCCCUCCAUCCUCAGCCCAGCAGCCUCAGUGUCUGGCACGGUCACCAGGAUCUCAGAAUGGAAAGCCACUUCCGGAGGAGUCCCGGAACACCAGUCUUAAAGAGAGUUUGCAGCGCCGGACACCUCCCUCCCCUGUCCUUGCAGCCACGCAGGCAGAAAGGCCUUGAGGUCAAGGGAGGCCACGGAGCCUUGCAGUUCAGCUGGGGAGCUGAAACCUCCAGGGAGGGUAGCUUCAGGGAAGGUGAGAUGGCAGGAACCCUAAGCUAAUAAAAGCAAGUCAUUUGCAAUCUGGCGGCCUCGGCUACCAAGUUUCCAGAGAGCUGGGCCAGGCCCAAUGAAUGCCUGCUUGCUUUCUUCAAAGAAGGACAAAAAAGGGUUCUCAGGCGUGUCCACCUGGGGAGGCUGCCCUCACGGAGGAAGGGGGUUAGCUAGAGAGGGAAAGGCAGACUCUUUCACCUGUGAGACAGGUGUUACCUGCCCGCUGAGCUGUGGGCUGGUGAUCAGGGCAGCUCAAGCCUGAUGCCAGGCCCGUGGCCACAGGAGCUACCUGCUUAAUUAGGACCUGGAUGCUGAAGCCUGACCAGGGCUUCGGGAUGCUUCCUCUUUCUUGGGGGAGACGGAGCAGCUGGGUGACUGGCGCAACUUGGUGGCAAGCAACCCACCAGGCCAGCAGAUACUCAGAUGCCAGCUAGGCCUCCCAGGCUUGGGGUUGGGGCCUGCUUUGCUUCUCUGUCCGUCGCUGGCUGGGUGGCUUAGGCAAGACCCUUCAUCUCUCAGGGUUUCAGUUCCCCCGGUCAUCAAAAGGGACAAGCAUCUUGCUCUUGCCCAAUCCCAUCUCUUGGGAUGCUGAUGAGAGCUUCCAGAGAUGAGAAGCUCUUCAGAGAGGGGAUGAGGGCGGUGUGGGCCUGGAGGGAGGCAGCCGGGGAAGGGGGAGGUGACGGCAAGAAUGAAGAGGGCAGAGCAGGGGCGGUGGGGGGGGGUGAGGCAGGGGGAGAGGGGGCAGGGAGGACAGAGGAGCCUUUGUGCCGAGUGGAACCAGUGGAACCGGGGCCAGAGGGCUCUGCCCUUCACCUCCCUCCCACUGGGCCCCCGGAGCCAGAUAACGAACCCAGCAGGCUGCCCCGCCUCCCUCGCUGCCCGGCUUCCAGUCAACCCCGCCCCCGCCCGGCCCCAAGACCCCUGGGGCUCCAGCCUGGGGCGCCGGGAGGAGGAGGAGGCGGGACCCUGCGGCACGUGGGCUUUCUCACUACGGACUCACGGUCUUCCACCCGGGGGCUCAGUUUCCCACCGGCCUCCAAGGUUUGAGACAGCGGCUUUUCAGGAGUGAUGGAGGUGCUCUCCCGAGCGAGGCAGAAGGAGGAGGCUGCUUCUGCGGCCACCUCCCUCCAAGCCUGAGCUCUCGGGAUGCGCGCCCCGCCUCUCCCCACCGCGUCCCGCGUCUUCCAGGCGCCAAAGCCCUGACUUUGACCGUAGUCUUCGCGGAAGGAGAAGAUAGGCGAGAUCCAGCAACCGCAGGGAAUGACGCGGGUGCCUCCACAGCCCCGGCUCCGGGCGGGGAGGGCGAGCCCCACAGUCGGCACCGCGACGCCCGCCUGGGCAGCACCGAUAAGGAGCUGAAGGCAGGAACCGAGGCCGCGGACAGCGCCCGGACAGCGCCGGGGACCCCCUGGCAGCGGGGGCCACGGGUCAAGGUUAUGGAUGCAGCGGGCGGCCCCCGGAUCCUGCUCCCACGGCCCUGCCGCGUGCUGGUGCUGUUAAAUCCGCGCGGGGGCAAAGGCAAGGGCCUGCAGCUCUUCCGGAGCCACGUGCAGCCCCUGCUGGUCCAGGCCGACAUUUCCUUCACGCUGAUGCUCACCGACCGGCGGAACCACGCCCGGGAGCUGGUGAGGGCGGAGGACCUGAGACUCUGGGACGCGCUGGUGAUUAUGUCUGGAGACGGGCUGAUGCAUGAGGUGGUGAACGGGCUCAUGGAGCGGCCGGACUGGGAGACCGCCAUGCAGAAGCCCCUGUGUAGCCUCCCAGCCGGCUCUGGCAAUGCACUGGCAGCUUCUUUGAACCACUAUGCCGGCUACGAGCAGGUGACGAAUGAAGACCUCCUGACCAACUGCACACGGCUGCUGUGUCGCCGGGUGCUGUCGCCCAUGGAUCUGCUGUCCCUGCAGACAGCCUCAGGGCUGCGCGUCUUCUCCGUGCUCAGCCUGACAUGGGGUUUCAUCGCGGACGUGGAUCUGGAGAGUGAGAAGUUUCGGGGCCUGGGCGAGAUGCGGUUCACUCUGGGCACCUUCCUGCGCCUGGUGACCCUGCGCACCUACCGGGGUCGCCUGGCCUACCUCCCUGUAGAAACGGUGGUCUCCAAGAUGCCCCCCGCCUCCGCUCCGGCCCAGUGGGCCCAGCAGGGCCCUGUGGACACCCACCUGGUGCCCCUGGAGGAGCCGGUGCCCUCCCACUGGACCGUGGUGCCGGAGCAGGACUUUGUGCUGGUGCUGGCGCUGCUGCACUCACACCUGGGCAGCGAGAUGUUCGCUGCACCCAUGGGCCGCUGCACGGCCGGCGCCAUGCACCUGUUCUAUGUGCGGGCUGGCGUGUCUCGGGCCAUGCUGCUGCGCCUCUUCCUGGCCAUGGAGAAAGGCAGGCACAUGGAGUGUGAGUGUCCCCACUUGGUGUACGUACCGGUGGUUGCCUUCCGCCUGGAGCCCAAGGACGGGAAGGGUGUGUUUGCUGUGGACGGAGAAAUGUUGGUUAGUGAGGCUGUGCAGGGCCAGGUGCACCCAAACUACUUCUGGAUGGUCAGUGGCUGCUCAGAGUCCCUCCCCUCCCGGGAGCCGCAGCCCUCACUCAGCCAGAAGCCUCAGCAGAGGCCACCCCGGGAAGAGCGCUCAUGACUCUGUGGGCCUUGCCGUGCCUUAGUCUACUCGGUUCAUUCUGAGCUUGGGCCUGCCCUCCCGCCUCCCCCAGGACUGGAGGGCCGGGCCACAGCUCGCAUGGGCGGGGGGGAGGACGACGCCUGGGCUCCUGGAGGUGCGGGAAGGACGGGCCAGGAGCGUGGAAGCCACUCUGCUUUGUCCCAGGAGCACCCCCCCCCCCCGAAUAAGUCCAAAUAAAGUGACAUUUCCAGCC